AACAAAAAGAAAAACAAAUUUCCACACGAGAGAGAGCUGUUUUUAUAUUUACAAACGAGAGAGAUCGAACGAAUUCUGUAAAAUUGCAUAGAAAAAGCUGAGCAUACCGCUGAAGCGCAAUGGGUGCGGAGCACUCGCAGCAGCGCGUCGAGGCUGACGGCCAUGAGAUCUUCGAGAGACGCGAUCCAGCUGGGGUCAGUAGCAUGGCCCAAUCCUCCAGCAAUCCCGCAGCUGUUCGAAUGAGCGAUGGCAGCGCCAUGGCACUGACGGCGGCUGCGACGGCAGCCACAAACAAACGCAGGGGCGGCGCCGUACAUCAGAGACAACAGCAGCAACAACAACACCAGCAGCAGCUCCUGCAACAGCAGCCUUCUGCGUUACCGCAUGGAGCUAGCAAUGGACCAGCUAGCAUCGUGAUUGCCAGCAAGCAAAUCAUUUCGGACACCGCAUCGCCCACAAGCUCCGAGCUAAGCCGACCGCCUUCACCGUUGCUAAGCGUGUGCUCAGAUCUGCCGUAUGUCUCCUAUACGGAUCGGCCCAUCGGCGACUCGCCCAAGAUACGCAACCGACCAGCCCAUAUGCUGCAGCAGAGCAGUGCCAGUCGGGCCGCCGCACGCAAGUCACAUCCUGGCAGCAUUACCACAACCAUCAAGCCAAAGCGGCCGCAGUCGACGGCUUCCAGUCACAAUAUCGUGAUCGUCAAGCCGGGCACACGGGACAUCAAUGACGACAUUGACCCGGAUCUGCUGCGCCUGCGCAACAUACCUCAGUUCCUGCCCGUGCUGCGGGAGUCGAUCAGCUCGGCGACAUACACACGAGAUCCCGAAAUUCUGGAGCGCUUGAAUUCGCAGCAUCUGCUGAAUAUAUGCAGCCGCAUGCAGACCCAUUUGAAUCUGUGCGCUAGCCAUGUGGCCAGCGAGCAAAAUCACCUCGUGGAACGCACUAAGGUGGUCAGCAACUCGAUCACCACACUCUUCGCCAGCUUCGUCGAUAUGCAGAAGACGUACGCCUCGUAUGCGGAACAGUUCGCUAAGAUACGCGGCGUCUCGCAGCAGCUGAGCCGCUGCAAUUCGCUGCUGCACGAGAAUAUCGCCAGCCUGGAAGCGAUUAAUAACUUCCUGGACGACGACGAUCGGCUGGAGCCGUUCGUCUGGCGCACAGACGACAACAAGCUGCGCGGCGAGGCCGAAGGCGCCGCCGGCGGCAACAGCAGUCGUCUCUGGCGCCUCUAGAUGCUGCCGCACUUCCGCAAGCUCGCUUCCAAAGACAGUUCGUUAUUUGUUAUCGGUCUAACUCGUAACUCUAUGCUAUGUAUUUAUUGUGCAUAUUAACUUUAAAGUUUAAACAUUUAUCGUAUAAAUAACUGGGCAUGUUAAGAAUGUUUGUUAAGAAUGGUUAAUCGGAUUUCUUGUUGUGCACUCAGCUCGAUCUCGUACAUUUGCUGGGGCACGAAAUCUGCACUACAAUUGGAGCUGAGACCAAACUAUGUAAAU